AUGAGAGGGAAAUACUUUCUCCUCGGCUUCUUGUUGCUCAAACUUAUGGCUCUGGUGUGCAAGGCUGACGGGGAGCCAGGACUGCUCGGAGGAUUCGUAAUGAUCGCCACCUCCAACGGCUCCAGGGAGGAGGAGAGCGUGUCCGAGGAGACCCCGCACACGGAGGACAAGUGUCGGGGUUACUACGACGUGAUGGGCCAGUGGGACCCGCCGUUCAUCUGCAAAACGGGCAAUUAUCUGUACUGCUGCGGCACCUGUGGCUUCCGCUUCUGUUGCUCCUACAAGCACUCGCGGCUGGACCAGAGCACCUGUAAAAAUUAUGACACUCCGGUGUGGAUGAAGACCGGACAGACUCCCUACAACAAAAUGAACAAGAUGCACGACAGCACCAAAGACAAGACGAACUUAAUUGUUUACAUCAUAUGUGGAGUAGUGGCCAUCAUGGCUCUUGUGGGGAUUUUCACCAAACUGGGGCUGGAAAAGGCGCACCGGCCCCAGAGAGAAAAUAUGUCCAGGGCCGUCGCCAGUGUGCUGCAGGGCGGGUGUCCAGGUGAGCAGUAUCGGGGGGAGGAGGCCCUAGGGAUGCAUUCGCAGCACUAUGUUUCCAGGGCCACAAACCUCCAGAGUGCUCAGAUCAACAACAAUGUGGGACCGGGCUCAAACAUCGGCCAGCAGCACCCUUACCCUGCCCUCAGCCAGCUGGCUCACGUCUAUGAACAGCAGCAGCAGCACCAGCAGCAGCAGCAGCAGCAACAGCAGCAGCAGCAAAACAAGGAUCUCAACAAGUACGCCUCCCUGAAGGCUGUGGCUGCCAAGUACAACGGUGAACUCUACAACAAGCGUCGGCUGAUGGUGGAGCUGCCUACGAAGGGCGGCCUUCCUCUCCAGCCGAUGGGCAACUCCAGACCCUCUAUGGGCAACAUGUCGACGAUGACUCCUCCGAUGACCACCAAUCCUAUGGCUUCAAACCCCAUGACCUCCAAUCCCAUGAACCCCACUAUCACCCCGAUGACUUCAAUGACCCCAAUGACGUCUAUGACACCCAUGACCUCAAUGACACCCAUGACCUCAAUGACGCCCAUGACAUCCCUCACCCCGAUGACCUCCAUGACACCUAUGACUUCUCUUGGUCCUCUGACUCCAGAGCCAGUGGCCACCUACGUCACAGAGAUGCCCAGCAUCUCCUCUGUCUCAACUCUCCCGACAGAACGACACAUAGCUGGUGGAGGAGGAGGUGGGGGACUGAGGCCGAACGGCCAAAAACCCAAAGGCAGCCAUGGCCACGCUGCCCACAGCUCUCACAGCUCUCACACUCAUGCUCACAGCCAUAGUAGCAAGCCGCCAGGACUCGGGGCUACCUCCCUGGCACACAUGGCGGGGACCAUGCCAGGUGGCACAUCCCUGGGCUUCUCCAGGGCCGCCGAGACAACCAUUGGCUCCAGCUCAGCAACAAUGGGCCGCCCAAUGGCGUACAGUUCUAACACAAUCGCAACUGGGCAUGGGAUUGGGCUGGGGUUGAGGGGCUGGGACGGGACUGAGACAGUGGGCCGGAGGAAGACCUACGGGCAUAAGAGGCCUCAGUGUACCGUGUUGGAGCCAAACCAGCUCCACAGCACCAGAGGCCACAGCCACAGCCAACACUUCCUCCCCACACAGCCCUACUUUGUGACCAACAGCAAGACAGAGGUGACUGUGUGA